AUGCAAAUUCUCGCCGCUUUCGCUGCUCUCAGCUCCCUCGCCGCCCCGGUGGUUGGCUUUUCCAUUCCCCGCGGUGUGCCAACGAGCGAUUCCAUGAUUGACGUGAAGCUCAGUGCCACUGGUAACUCCAUGGUCAAGGCUACCAUUACCAACAAUGGUGACCGUGCCUUGAACUUGUUGAGGUUCCAUACCAUCAUGGAUUCCAACCCAACCCGCAAGGUUAACAUCUACCAAAAGGGUGGUGCUGAGGUCCAGUUCACUGGUAUGAUGCCAAGAUACCUGCACACCGACCUCAAGCCAAGCUACUUCAUGUCUCUCCCUGCCAAGGGUAGCGUUGAGCACUCCUUCGAUAUCGCUGCCACCCACGACCUCUCCCGCGGCGGCGAGUACAUCCUCAAAGCCAGCGGUGUCGUCCCAGUCGCCGAGGAGAACGGCACCAACAUCACCGGAGCUGCCAACUACCACUCCAACGAGCUCCGCAUGAACAUUGACGGAAAGAAGGCCGCUUCCGUUGAGCGUGCUAUGGGAAUUGUCAAGAGAUCCGGACCCCUCACCAGACUCGGAAAGCGCACCAGCGUCGACAUGCAGUCCUGCUCAAACCAGGAGGAACUCCAGGCUCUUACCAAUGCUCUUCAAGCCUCCGCUCAGCUCUCCAGCAUGGCUGCCCAGGCUGUCAGCCAAAACCAGGACAAGUACAUGGAAUACUUCAAGGACCCACAGUACACCAACACUGUUCAAAGCCGUUUCCAAGCUGUUGCCCAAGAGUCCAGCUCUACCAGCGGUGGUGGCACUACCUACCACUGCACCGAUCUCAUGAACGGCUGUGAGGAAGGUGUCCUUGCCUACACUCUCCCAUCCCAGAACGAGGUCUUCAACUGCCCAAUCUACUACAGCAUGCUGCCACCACUCAGCCAGGAGUGCCACGCUCAGGACCAGGCCACCACCACCCUCCACGAGCUCACCCACAACCCAGCUGUCCAGGAGCCAUUCUGUGAGGACAACGGAUACGGAUAUGAGCGCGCCACCGCUCUCUCUGCUGAGAAGGCCGUUCAGAACGCUGACAGCUAUGCUCUCUUCGCCAAUGCUAUCUACGUCGGCUGCUAA